AAAGUAUUUUGAAAAUGCACGAUAGCAAACCACCUCCUCAAAAUACAUGACAAAAUUAUUUUUGCCCUUCAUGUUUUUUUAGGGUGGUUGCUCUGGCAACCGGCAACCAUGAUUAUGCACACACCGAACCGUGCAAAUCUAGCCCCCGCCCCCUGAGCGGACACUCAUUUCAUAUUUUUUUAAAUGUAUGUUAUUUGCAUUUACAUUGCAAGCUGUCCAGUCACAGUACAAGUAUUGGGCCGGUUCUUGUCGUUUAACGAAGUCGUACAACGUUCUGGAUCCCUAAUAUGAAGUGUGUGUUGUGAACAUAGUAUCUAGCUAGUUAGCUAACGUUAGCUGUUCAUGAAGACCGCCUAACCCUCGGUAGCUCUGGCCUUGGCUUGCACUGUCUGGUUUGCGGUUGUGGACUUGAUGAACAUCUCUUGUCCACCCUGAACCGGGCCGGGGUAACACGGAUAAGGUAAUGGACUUCCCAGGUCACUUCGACCACGUCUUCCAGCAGCUGAACUACCAGCGCGUGCAUGGCCAGCUGUGUGACUGCGUCAUCGUGGUGGGGAGCCGACACUUCAAGGCCCACCGCUCGGUGCUGGCGGCCUGUAGCACCCACUUUAGAGCCCUCUUCACCGUCGCCCAGGGAGACGCCAGCAUGAACAUGAUCCAGCUGGACAGCGAGGUGGUGACGGCGGAGGCGUUUGCCGCCCUGGUGGACAUGAUGUACACCUCCACCCUGAUGCUCGGGGAGAGCAACGUGAUGGAUGUCCUGCUGGCCGCCUCGCACCUCCACCUGAACACGGUGGUCAAGGCCUGCAAGCACUACCUGACCACGCGCACCCUGCCCAUGUCUCCCCAGGCCGAACUCCGGGCCCCGCCGCAGCAUGCCGACGGCCAGAGACACCGGCGGCAGCAGCCGGCCCCCGGGAGAGCCGCCAGCGCCGACACGCCGGGUAACGCUAACCCAGGGGCUGGCGGGAAACUGGCGGCCGACGCUAACCUGGCGGCUGACACGGCUAACUCCAGGUUCCAGCGGUCGUUCCUGCUCCAGCAGCUCGGCCUGAGCCUGGUGAGCUCCGCCCUGGGUGGGGGGGCGGAAGACGGAGGCGUCAGCGGGAGUCUCGGCGGCGUGGUGGAGCAGAGAGCCUCUUUCCCCAUCCGGCGCUUCCACAAGAGGAAGCCCGCUCUCGGCCUAUCAGAGGACCGGCCGAGGCAGAGGCCCCGCCCCUCUGGCCCCGCGGACAGUGAGGAAGGUGGUCUGCUUUCCCCUGACUCGCACAAGACGGGGGAGGAGUCCAGAAUGGAUGCAGCAAUUGCCAACCUGGUAGGGGGCGUGUCUCAUGAUGACUCACAGAUGCCUAGCCAGUCAGACGGCGGCGUCUGCGAAGGGGAGGAGCGAGGGAUGGAGGAGGGUGUGGAGAAGGAGGAUUACCUGGAUGGAGACGGGGUGGAGGUGAAGAUGAAGGAGGGAACGGAGGAGGAAGAGGAAGAGGAGGAGGGCCGGGAGCAGCAGGGACAGGUGGUGGUGAAGUGUGAGCCUCUCAGCUCCCCAGAACCAGCUGAUGACCUCACGAUCCAGGGCGGUGACCAGCUGGGACCGGGGGAAGGAGGAGCAGGGGGGGAGGAGAAGGUGGAGCUGAGCCCACAGGGCAGCGACCGUAGCCUGUCCUCCUCCGACCAGCAGGUCCUCCAGCCCAGCUCCCAGCUGCUGAUCCCCGGUCUGGGUGGUGGUGGUGGGGGAGGGGGUUUUGGGUGCAGCAGUGGCCUGGACGGGAAGAGCUUCAGUAUCUCGAGCUUCCUCAGUGCCAAGGUUUUCGGGGGAGGGGGCGCAGGGUCGGGGGUGGGCACCGGGGACGACGACCUCCCCAACACGACGACCAGCGAGACGAUGGCUGCAGCGCAUCACUUCCUGCUGAGCCCGGAACACCCCGGAACCGGUAACUCGGCCACCUCCUCUUCAGCGCUCCGCCCCGGGUCGGCCAACCACCUGCACCUGAUGGGCGGCGACGGGCUCGGUGGGUUCUCCUCGGACUCCUUGUUCCUGCGGCCCCUGCACGACGGCCUUGGAAGCCCCAGGGGUGGAGGCGGAGGGUUCCCCGACCCAUUCUCUCUGGACUUCCAGCGGUCCAGCCUGGGCCUGCAUUCUCUGGCCCGGGCCACUACGGAGGGCUCCCUGGGCUUCCCUGGGUUCCGGCACAUCGCGCCUAAAAUGUCCGCCGGCGUGGGGAAAGGAGGAGGAGCGGGGUCGGUCCUCCAAGACGCCAUGUCUUCCUCCAGCCUCGGGGGCGGGGGGCCCCUGCUACUGAACGGGUCCGGCGGGUACGAGUCGGGGCCCGCCUCGUCGUCCUCCCAUCGACCCCAGCUGACCCGAGCCUCCGCGGACGUCCUGUCCAAAUGCAAGAAGGCCCUGUCAGAACACAACGUCCUGGUGGUGGAGGGGGCCCGCAAGUACGCCUGCAGGAUCUGCUGCAAGACCUUCCUGACCCUGACCGACUGUAAGAAGCACAUCCGGGUCCACACGGGGGAGAAGCCCUACGCCUGCCUCAAGUGCGGCAAGCGCUUCAGCCAGUCCUCCCACCUGUACAAGCACUCCAAGACCACCUGUCUGCGCUGGCAGAACAGCAACAUGCCCAACGCCUUGCUGUAGGGGGCAGGCCAAGACCCAGGAAGCAACGGUGUGUCUUGUUGUUUUGCCGCUCAGUAGACAGAUGUGCAGCUCGGCUUCCCGGGUCGGCCGUUGUCCGGAUGUUAAACCUUGGUUUUGUCUGUGUGCCAUACGGGCCGGUGCUUUGUUAUCCACAUCACUGGGCACGUUUUAAAUGUUUCUUCAAAACCCAAAAGAAAAGCUAAACGACCCAUCUGCUACCAGAGUACUAAAGAAUUGCCAUAGUGGAUGGAAGCUGAAUGCUAACAAGCUCAAACGCAUAAGUCAGUCGUUGUGUGGGUUGACCUGAUACGAUAGGUUUUCAGGAGUUUAAAAAAAAAAACCUUGGGAAGUACAUUAUUCUGAGUAGGGACAGCUGAAAGGAUGAGGUUUGCGAUGAUAAGGGUUGCCAUUAGACAGAUUAUUUCGUUCUGAUCUUUGUGAAAAGGUGGGUGGGUGCUGAGCUACAUUAAUUUCGAAAACACCCCACCUGAGUUCAUAGUUUUUCUCUCCAAAAAACUCAGUUGGAGGAUCAUAUAGUCAUGGGGUGUUAAAGUAAAAGCCAAAAUAUAAAUAUCCACACUCUGCACCUAGAAAGUCCUUCGUGUCAGUCUCAGCUGUGCUGCAUCUAAAGACUCUGUCAGAAACCAAUGCUGUUAGCCAAAUCAACAGUGUUGCGCAUAUUCAUUUGAGGCCCUAGUGGUAGUCCCCAAAUCCUGGUGCCAUGUACUACCACCUGAGCCCAACAGAAACGCUGAACGAUUUAGGUUGACUGCUUUCCUUUUGGAACUUUGUUCCUGUCUGAACCAUAUUCAGAACAUUUCUGAAACAGGAUAGCAACUUUAGAACAUAUCUAAAGCUAUAACUACAGCUUCCUGCUCAUUCCAUGCUUUAUUAUGGGAAUCUUACAACCAGGGUAUCUGUUCAAACUUUCUGGAAAGACAGGGAAUGUUUUUGAAAGUAACAGGAAUUUUGCAACCUGCAACCCACAGCUUGGCUUAAUGGGCAGCCUGGGCUUUAGUCUGUUUGUGCCUUCUAACUUCCUCCUUUCACUUGCUCGUCUGCUCAGAUGGUAUUUAGUUCCGCUGUAGUUCAGCACACAAACGGGGACCACAACUGAUUCCGGGUCGGAACCACCUUUGCCUUCAGAACAUCCUGUCAGGGGAUUAAUUCUGUAAGGUGUCUGAAACUUUCCACAGGGAUGUAUGUCCAUGCUGACGGGAAGUCUUCGCAUCGUGAUUGGUCCAAGCUGGCCACUGAGUGUUUGGGCUGUCAACAUUUGGGCUGUUCCUUGAAACAAACUAGACCGCGAUUAGAUCAUCUCUAGCCAAUCAAUGUCAAAGCCUAUGUUGCAUUUCCCAGAUGUAGUUAUCCCUGCGUAUACUGGCUCAACCAAUCAGUUUCUAGGACCGAUAAGACGGACACUAUCACUUUCUACGACCAAUCAGAAAGCUUAUGUUGUUUUUGCAGUCCUCAGAUCUUGUCUCCUUGGCUGGGAGUUUGAGUUGACUUGGCCAUUUUUGGCCCUCUUGGUCUCCGUGACUAAUGAAUGUCUGAGACCAGACGGGACCUUUCAUGGCCCUUACUUUGGUCAAUGUCAAAGGGGCAUUUUGUUUUUUAGUUUAUUUAUGAAGUUGCCUUUUGAGUUGGGCAUUUCAAAUGCAACAGUGUUACCAACUGUGGGAGAGUGGGACUCAGUCAUUCGUCUUUGGGAUGAGAUGGCGUGAUGUGAGUCAAAGCUCUGGUUCACACCAAGACACGAGAGCGGUUAGCACCUCGUCCAGAUUUGCCUUUGUCCCGUUCACGAUGACUUCUGCCCCGUACGGACGCCUGCUUCUGAUUGGCUCAGAGCAGGCGUCUAGCGAUUCAACAAGACGAAAUGCUAAGCGUUAGGCCCUAGACACCACAGCCUGUAGUGAGGGAGUGAGUUAGCGCAUUGGGGAGGAGGCGCCCUGCACCCUCAGUGGUGUCUGUCUCUAACCAGAGUCUUUAGGGCUGAAGUGGCACCAAUCCUCUCCUCACUCAACCAGACAGUGGAUUUGUAAAUAUUGCCCAUUUAUGAGGCAGUCAAUUCAGAGAUUAAACCAAAUUCCAGGUUUUCUGAUUGAAACGCAUUGAAGACAAUUGGAACAGUUUGGAGUUGGCUCUAACCCAGGUGGCUUGUACCUUUUUUUUAUACGUUGGGAAUUAAAACGAGUGUCUACCUAGAUCCAGAAGUUGUUAGGUAUCAGGCAAGAACAGCUUUGGGGCCCAGUUUACUAUAACAUUGUUGUUCUUGGUUGUUAGAUGUUGUGGAACAGUUUGGUACAGUAUCUGUGCUUUCUAAACGUCUUUUUUAUACCUCGAUCUUAUACCGAAACCGUAACAUAGUCUUUAGACAAGACCUUAUUUAUUUUAUUUUUUAACCUAACCAAAAAAAAGAUGAAUAACUGCUGAUAAGAAUGUUGGACUGUGUGAUUCUGUGUUUCCAUGUCGAUGCAGUUCCGUUCUGAGCUCAGUUCUUCUAUGAGCCCGUUGGGCCAAAAUGCAGGAUGUUGAAUAUUGUACUAAUUCUAGACAUUUGGUUACAUGCUGUUAUUUAAAUAUGCCCCGUAUUAAUGGGGUGCUAACAAGGCUGCCAUGUGUUGAAUUGUCUUUUAUCAUAAUACAGAUACCUUCCUGACCCAAGUCUUUAAACGACUCCACUUGUAGUUCAUUGAUGUGGUGAACUAAUGAGUCAAGCAAGCAAGUUUAUUUAUAUAGGACAGUUCAUAUGUAGACGCAAUUGAGUGUGCUUUACAAAGAAAAAGAUAAAAAUACAAUAGAAUAAAAACAUUAAGUAGAAACAAAGCUCUUGUGAGUUACUGAUGACAGUGUCUGAAAUGACGUUGGCGGCUCUGUUUAGACCAAUGAGAUGGGGUGCAGUACUGACCCGGUCUUUCCUGGGCUAGGGCACUUCUUUGGAUCAGACUGCCCUGAUCAAGACUAGGGUGACAUUAGACACUCGCCAAGGUUUUACUGUAGUGUGUCAUCACUUCUGCCCCGGCAGAUUCUUUGAGCGGACCUUCUGAUUAAUCCUCCAUUCCGCUGUGGAAACUCACCUCAACCCAAUAACUUGGAGCUGAUAAUGAGCUUUGUCUAAUGCAUUUAUCACUGAAGUAUUACUAGUUUUGUAGUGAAGCCUUUUUCAAUCAAGCAGAAUCCAUGGGUACCCUGAGGGACAGUAGGACCCCUGUGUAAGAGAUCCAGAAUUGCUUCCAUCUCUCACUGUGACCAAAUCCCAGUUUCCAUGGUGCUGUCCUCUGUGGCUGUAGUCUAACUGAAUCUUGUUUUUAUUGUGUUAAAGGCUUUUCAAAAAUGUGAAUCUUUUUAAAGUGCACUGUAAAGUGAUAUUCAUAUAACAGAAGCCUGUGUGUAAAUGUACCAGAAGGCCUACACAGAACAACCAUUCAGAUUAUGUAAUAUAUACUUAUGAAGAAAAAGCUAUUGCCUUAUUCCUCUCUUGCUGGCAUAGAAAGCCAGGCCCCCUAACCUCUCACCCAUAACCCCUAACCCCUCACCAACAGUGAUGGAUUUGCAGUUACUGUUGACUUUCUACAUGUAUAAUCCAGUUUCGACAUUGUUCAGGUACCAUCUAGUGGCUGGUUCCUGUCUAGUGCACUACUCCUGCCCCACAGCCCCUGACCCACAGCCCCUGACCCACAGCCCCUGCCCCACAGCC